CUCUGUCUGUUCACUUUCUUCCUGAGGCUGCAGGAUACAGGAUUUCUCUUGCUGAGGGAGGUUAAGGCCAGUGGAGCCUGAUUCCCAGCUUGCUGAGACUUAGCAGUGUGGCUGCAGCAGUGCAAGGGUGAGCUGUGUUGACUGUGGGAUUGAAAAGGACCCCUAUGGUAGCACCUCUUCUUGAGGAAUCCUUGACUUCUCAACGCCCACCCCUGCUCUGAAAUUGUAGAGGCCAUGAGCAAAGCCAAGAAAGAAGAGGAGGCUGUUUUUCUGAGGCAAAAGAUCACUUUGCUGAGGGCUUUUUCACUCCUCGUUGGCAGCAUGGUGGGCAGCGGCAUCUUCAUCUCUCCAAAAGGGGUGUUGAAAAACUCCGGCAACCUGGGUGUCUCCUUAAUUGUCUGGUUUGCCUGUGGCAUUCUCUCUCUGUUUGGCGCUUUGUGCUAUGCAGAGCUUGGAACAAGACUCACAAAGUCUGGAGGACAUUACAUCUAUGUUAUGGAGACAUUGGGGCCUUUGCCAAGUUUCUUGUAUCUGUGGGUUGAGUACUUUGCUAUUUGGCCAGCCAACGUUGCAGUGAUUUCUCUGGCAUUUGGACGCUACAUAUUGGAACCAUUCUUUGCCCCCUGUGGAGCCCCACUUCCUGCUGUGAAGCUUGUAUCUCUCUUGGGGUACUACACAGUCCUCAUCCUGAACUGUUGGAGCGUCAGCUGGACGGCCAGGCUUCAGAUUGUCCUGACCGUCUUCAAACUCCUGGCUCUCGCGCUCAUCAUCGUUCCAGGGAUGAUGCUUCUGGCCCAAGGCCACACUGAAAAUUUCCAGGAUGCUUUCAAUAGUCAGUCACUGGUUUUGGACAAGCUGCCCUUGGCUUUUUAUGCUGGGAUGUUUGCAUAUUCAGGCUGGUUUCAGACGAGCUUUGUGCGAGAAGAACUGGUCCGACCUGAACGAAAUAACCCGCUGGCUGUGAUCGUGUCUGUGCUCACUGUAAUGGUGGGGUACAUGCUCACCAACGUGUCCUAUUAUACAGUUUUGACAGUAGAAGAUGUGUUGGCGUCCCAGGCGGUGGCUGUGAGUUUUGCACAAAAAGCUUUCCAGAGCCUCAUCUCCGUGAUUCCCAUCCUGGUUGCUCUGUCCUGCAUUGGAACCAUAAAUGUGGCAAUCAUUACAUUUUCGAGGACUCUGUUUGUGGCUUCAAGGGAGGGUCAGUGGCCUCCUCUCUUCUCCAUGAUCCACAUCCGAAGGCACACACCCCUUCCAGCCGUCAUGUUAAUGUUCCCAUUGGUUACUGCCAUGGUGUGCUUUGGAGACAUCUACCAGCUACUGAAUUUCUUCAGCUUUUCCCGAUGGCUCUUCAUAGGUCUAGCCACACUUGGGCUCAUCAUCCAUCGUUACCGCCACCCUGAACUGCCCAGUCUCUUCAAGGUUCCUCUCUUCAUUCCUGUCUCCUUCACCAUUAUUUGCCUCUUUGCUGUGACAAUGUCUUUCUACUCAGACCCCGUGUAUAUCAGCAUUGGCUGCGCCAUGGUUUUAAGUGGCUUUCCAGUCUAUUUCUUGGUAGUCAACAGGCCAAUACCUGACUGUUGCCAAGCCACGUUCUAUUAUCUUACAUUCAAACUUCAGGUACUGCUGGAAGUAGUCAGACAGGAAAUCAGGACCUAUUGAAGACCACAUCUUAUUGGAGAAGACACACAGUGGCUUUUCCAAUGGAAGCCACUAGUCUACUUUCUGAUUCUUUAGGCCCUGCUAAGAGAUCAGGAGGCACUCUUAAUUUUGCAGUCAGUGCAAUACAACUAGAGAUGUCCAGAACAAAUAACCUGAAUCCAAGCACUUCUAAGCUUUGGUAAUCGGAAUCUGUAUCGGAAUUUUGCAUCUGUUUCUUUCAUUCUAAACCAAAACUUCACAUCUGACUUUGGGAGGGGUUCAAAAAUCAGGAUUCAUAUUUUGUAGGUUGGUCCAUCUCUCCAUGAGACAAAUGAUUUUUGGUUUCCUAGACCUUGAGUGCUAGCAAGGACAAGGGGAGGAAGAGUGCUUGGUACACAAUCCAAAUAUCAAUUAAAUGGAUGGCUAGGGAAUAGAAAUUCAACUUGCAGAGGGAAGUGCUCUUGAGAUCUGAAAUGGAGUUCUAAGGUUAAAUUAGAGCGAGAGCGAGCUACUUAAGAGAAGCAGAGGGCUAGGUGAACUUCCAUUCUCCUUUCAUUGGGCUUGGAUAAAAUGAUCUUUGGGAUUUAAAGUUCAGUAGUUCUUUGGAAAAGGACUCAAACAUGCCUUGAUAUGUCUCAGGGAUUUCCAGAUCAAAUUUAUUUGGUUUGCAAGAACAAAACCUGUUCUGUUUUGAUGUAACAGCCCAGGCUGAAAUCUGAAAGUCAACCUUUUUUUCUACUUUUUUGGCAUCAUUACUAGUAAAGAUUUUCCUGGCUAAAUUCCAACCUCAUAUCUGUGCAGACCCGUUGUUGGAUUGCACAGGCAUAAUCCAGUAGAAUAGCAGAACUUGGCCCUGUAAGAGUUUGUCAAGUAACAUGGACAAGAAUUGUUAACAAAACUAGAAUAAACCUCUCUUUCUCUCAUAAUGCACCUAACAGAAUCUUUUGUGACUAAAGCUAGCAUCCAUGACCCUCAAUUCACAUUGGGAGCAGCAGGUCAGAGUAAGGAGGUACAAGGUAUAACUGCAUUUUAAAGGAAUCUCAAAUGUAAGUCAUUGGUGAGUUCAGGUCAGGGAUGUUGAUAAAAAACAUUUAAAUGCAGUGAGAAUAUGCAUAGACAUAAAGGUUUUGAUCCAGCAUAGCAUGUAAACAUCUAUUUUAAUUAUAAGCACAUGCUUAAAUGCUUUGAUGGUUCAGGACCUAAAUGCUCAUUUAAACAAAGCUUCAUAAUAUUUUUUAUUUACAGUGUAAUAUUGAUGUUCCAAAAUUUUGUCCAGGUGCCACAUUAAUCAGAUAUUUAUGAGAACUUUUAAAUGUGUGACUCACAGUGUAGUAGAUGAGACUCACUCAGAGGGGUAGCCAUGUUAGUCUGUAACUGGAAAAACUUAAACAACAAAUAGUUUUGCAACA